AAAACAGCGGGAACUGAAACGUCAAAAAUUCCAGACGACGCAAAACAAUCCAGUCGUGUGUUGUUGUUCAUAUAAUUUCGCUGUACUUUCGUAAAAAUACUCGUUAUUGUGUAGCGUUUUAAGUGUAUUUCGUUAGAGCAGGCCUGAGAUUUACAACACCGUUUAGAUGCAUUUGAAUAUCCAAGGAACGAAGCAUCCCAUCCGACCGGGAAUCAGUUUGAUCGGUUCUGUACAAAAUGAACGCUACAAUACAAUACUUUUGCAGGACAGGAGUAUUUGUCCCAAACAUGCAAGUCUUCGGCUUGAUACUACCACAGAUAAACUUCAAAUUUUGGAUCUUUGCUCCAUACAUGGGGUAACUGUUGAUCAGAAACCCAUCGCUCCGCUAACUUGGACCGAAAUCACCACACUAAGUCGAUUACAUUUGGGCGGCGUGAUUGCUUCCGUUGAAAUAGACAGUAAGAACAAGCAGGGGGAAGUUUCGUUCUUGUUCGAUGAAAAUUCAACGGAUUUUAUUGACUGCAGUCUCGAGGAAACACAACCUCUCCAGAGCAUUAGAAAAAAUGCACACAACACUGUUAGUGUAUUGAGUACUUUCGGAAGAAGAUCUUCGUUGGUUGAAACAAAAGCUACUGUACACGUACCUCCCUGUUCUUCUACAGUAGGGCAAGGAACUAGUUUCCUGGUUCCCGAAACUCAGCAACUCGAUAGCAGUACAACGAAAGCAAAGCCAAAUGAAACGCUCGUUUCCAAUGGUGAUAAGUGUUCAGAAAGGGAUGACGAUGAUGAAGAAUUUUUUUUCAUUCCGGAAACACAGCAGCCGGAAGAUGAACAUAACUGUCCGUCAGACGAGAUCGAGCCAAUUCUUCCCGAAAUACAGGAAACGGAACAGCCUGCGACAGAAGACGAAUAUUUCCAAAUGACAGUUGAGAACGACAAUAACAGCAAUGAUGCGAUGUUCAACAACAAGUAUGUCGAGCAAUCUCAAAACUUGAUGCAACAACUAGAUACAUCGUACAAUGGUGCUGUUAUACCUAGGGUUUCCGUAUUGCCGGAGCGCUCCGUUGAUUCGAUAUCGUUCCAGGAACACCGUAAUACAACGAUGGAAAUGAGUCGUAUCGAGUGGAAUGAAAGUAAAAAAGAUCACGAACAAUCCAAGAUCGUUGAAGAAGUACAGCAACCAGAAGAACGAGGAGAAUCUCACGAAAAAGAGCGCAUAAUUUCUGAGGGAGGUGAUGAUAGAUCUAUCACGCCGGAACUUAAUUUUGAUGAUGAUCCUCCAGUUGAAACAAACGGAAAUCAAACAUUAGUUGAACAGGAAAAUAACUUAAAAACCACAGCAAACAAUCAGCCACCGGAACAGGCGAAUCGUUCGUCAAAGACACCCGAAUGGUGCUUCGAUGAAAUGGAAUAUGAAGCCGAUGAGUAUGAAAUUUCACUGAACCAAGAAGAUUGCAAUAAUCUGAGGUCGCAUCGCACUCCUUCUGUCAAAUUGAAUAAUAAUUCGCAAGAAGCAAAUCCGUAUGAUAUGGAAACUCAGGCUUUUGACGUAGAUGAUCCAUACGAACUGUUGACACAGCCUCUUCAUAGGCUGGAGAAAAAAUCAAAAUCUUUUGGAUCGACACAGAAAUUGCAAUUGGAAGACCCAUACGAGCUAAGCACACAGCCAUUAGCCGUAGAAAAGCCUUGUGCCAGCAAGCUUUCCGAGAUUUCACCUUUUGUCAAACCAACUAACCCCGUAUUACAACGCAAAUCUAACCAUACACCAGAAAUCGAUUAUGCAAAUAUGCCAACGCAACAAUUUACUCCUAUAGAGUUACUAAACCCACCAAUGGGAUCAUAUAACAGUGGGACGAAUGUUACAGAAAAGUGCGAUGCAAACGCUUCGGUAGCAGGGAAUGAAUCGCCAUUAGCUGACUGCAAACGAAAACCAUCGCCUGAAAAGCAAAGUAAAUGCAAUCAAUCGCCAGAAAUUGAUUAUGCAAAUCAGCCAACACAAUUAUUCACUCCUCCAGAAUUACUGUAUCAACCUACUGUUGAACCUGAAGAUAACAUUAAGGAGCCUCUGUCUACUUCGGCAAUAAUGAUACAUGAUGAUGAUCUGCUAACCCAGCCGUUAAGUCCUCCAAAAGAGCUGAUGGAUACUCCCGUUUUGUAUCGUAAUGGUAACAACGUAGCCAGCACUUCAACAGAAUGUAAAGCAUAUGAUUUGGACACGCAACCUUUAAACUUGCACAUGCAAAUGAAAGACGGAAUAUUGGUAAAGAAAAAACCUGUCCUGAAGUUAGUAGAUAUUAAAACAUGUCACUUGUCGGUUCCAAUUGAUCCUAAUUCGAUGGAUAUAGUUAGUGAUAUAGAUGAAAAUGUAUACGAUCUUGGCAAACUGAAACUCCUGGAAAAUGGCACAUUGCCAGAGGAAGAAGUAUCUCAAUUUAAUCCAGAAAUUAAUAGUACUACGCAUCUGUCACUUAACGAACAACUAGAAGGACAGCAGCAUGUGGAACCGUGCAGAGAAAUGUCUCCAUCAUCAUCUAAUAAGGAAAAUAGUACGAAAGAAGCAGAUGAAAAAAAUGAUUCGUACGAUACGGAUGAUGAAUUGUGUUUGGCAUCAACUAUUCCGAUCGGUACUCUAUUCCCGCACAAACAUACGACGGAAUGUGUAGAGAAGGGUGAUGAAGGAGUGUCGACAAGACAGUUUAAAAUACCGCUGAAAAAACCAGAAACACUAGCCACUCCCAAAAAUAUGAGAAGCAGGAAACGAAGUAAUUCGGAUAUAACUGAAUUUCUUACGCCGGAACAUCCGUUGUUGUAUUUACCGAAAGCCGAUUGCAUCCUCUCAGUAUCGGAACGAAUGCGCGAGAAAAACUCUACUGCUGCACUUGCCGCCAAGGUCAAACCAAAGUACCAUUUUAACGAUAGCAGUAGUAGCAGCAGCGAUGAUGAUGGCGCUAGCGAUCGACAGUUGUUUAAAAAAACGAAUGUAAGUGUUGCGUUGGAGAAAGAGUUGGAAAAUGUGCGAGAAGUUGGAAGGUUGGAAAAACAAAAAGGACUUACCGAUUGUGGAAAAUUGGAUAGUAAAUUGGUGAGAAAAAGGAUUGUGCAACCUAAAAAGGACGACAAAGAUGAAUUGUUAGCCGAACCAGCGAAGGGGCGAGAUGAAGGGGGAAGCAAGAGAAUGGCUACCAGAAAUGUACAACAAAAAGAGGUGGAAGAAAUUGGGAAAAAUCAGGCAGAUUUUCGAAAAAUAUCUACUAGGCGUAAAGAAACGAAGGAUAUCGAGAAAUCAUCAGAAUCGAAAAUAAAGGCGAUUCGAACAGAGAUCAAGAAUAAGAUAGCCGAACCCAGUAAACAAAGUUACAAUGAGAGCGAUACUAAAAAGGAACCUAAAUCAUCGGAUGAACGAUCUACCGAUCGGAGCAGAUCAACUGAUGCUCUUCCUAUACGUGUAUCGACGCGCAGCCGUGUAGAAACGUACAAGAAACGAAUGCUCAAUGAAUCGGUAGAUUAUUUAUCAGAAUCAACAAAGAAAUUGUCUACAGCGCAAAUGUCAACACGUGGUAGUCGAAAACGCAAGGAGCAAUCGUCAUCGGAUCGCGAAGGAAGUCGUAAAUCGGCAGGUGUCGAACUAAAGCGACAAAAGCCAGGCCAAAGAGCCACUGCUGUUGUACAGGAAGUGGAAGUAAAAGAGCGAUCACGGCGAGCAACCAGCCGCAUCAAAAAGGUAGUGGGUACUUCUUCUGAUUUGUUUGUGGAACAGGGCAAAACGUCAGGGAUAAAUAGUGGAGUCCUGGGGUACGAUAGUGCCACUAGCAGCACAGGAAGUGAUGUCUCAACUGUGUCGGCAACACGAUCUAAUCGUCUGCGAUUAAUUUUCACCAAAAUGAACCCAGAGCCCUACAGAAAGUGUAUAGCUCGCGCUGGUGGCAAGAUAGUAGACAUACCGGAGCUAGCAACCAUCCUCGUGACGGACCGCAUUAUUCGAACGUACAAAUUUCUGUGCAGUGUGGCGAAGGGAAUACCUAUCGUUGGUCAGUCAUAUCUGGAUGCGUUACAAAAUUCCGAUGGAAAGGAACAGAUUGACCCGUGGGACCAUAUCCUAUCCGAUCCCGUAAAGGAGAAGCGGUACGAAUUUCGUCUACGUGAUACAUUGUUGAAGGCAAAGCAGCAUAAGUUAUUUCAGGAUUAUACCGUUUUUGUUACUUCGAGUACACAACCACCACCAUCGGAACUGUGCUUAAUACUUUCGUGCGCCGGAGCGAAAAUAUCAAAGCAUUACAGUCAACCACCAAAAGAUACGAAUAAAAUGUUUGUCAUCUCCGAUUCAGCGGAUAGUGCUUCAUGGGUGAAGUAUAAAGAAAAGUUUCCUACCAUAGAAAUAGUGUCGGCGGAAGGUUUUAUGCUUUCAAUCAUGCAACAUUCAAUCAAGUUCAAAAAGCAUCGUUUAGCGUAAGAUAUUGUAAUCGAUAUGCUUGAGUAAGAAUGAAAUAACCGUAAAAGAGAACGUUGAACAUGGAAAUCGUUAGUUACUAUCAUCCGGUUUAUUUUACUAGACUUCUGACUAUUUUACUAUAAAAGUUAUUAAAAUCUUUAUGUUAUGCUAAGUCGAUUUCGAAGAGCCUAUGAAUUGUUUGUUUUGAUUCAUUAUUUCAACUCAUCAUUGUUGACUUUCCCAAAACUAUUCAUAAUAAAAACGUGUUGAAGACAGAAUUCAAAAUGUUUUAAAAUAUACAAUCCACUUGAAUGGAUGAUAUUGCUUUGUAUAGAAAACUAAAGCAGUACGCUUAUGAUCAAUACGCGUAUAUACGAAUGUAGUUGUUCAAAGUUUUACUACAAUACAGAAAGACAAUGCUGCAAGUAAGCAAGUUAUCAGUGUUAGAGGUACGAUUUAGUAUUUGGCGAGAAAUGUGGUUUUUGAUUCACAGGCAUCAUAAAAUUUGGUUUGUUUAUUGAAUAGUAUUACGAUUUUUGUAUGCAUGUGUUGAACAGAUUACACCGGUGAUACAUGCGGUGCGUCGAAAAAAGCGUAAUGAAAGGAUUGUUUUUGUUAGUUUUUUCUAAAGUAUCUCUCUCAUCUAGCAUUAAUUCUUAAAUUACAAUGCGAUUGGAAAACUCAGUACAAAGAAUGUAAAUAAAUGAUAUUGAAAUAUUACAUCACAUUCGGAAUGUGAUCACACACCAA